GAACACAAACCAUAUAUGAGGCUCUAAUCCUCCCGAAUCCAAGCAAACAUCGGUGAAGUAUUGCUGGAAAGCUUAAUAUGGAAGUCGUAAUUCAAGAAAUCAUGAAUCUAAUCCAGAGGAAGUGGGGACUCGAUAGAAAUGGCUCUCAAGAAACAAUGGGAGAACUCCGGAGCAGGCUUGGACUCCCACAACCAAGGAGAUUUAGCUUGAACGACAACACCAAUUUCCUAAUUCCAGUGAAGAACACAGCCCUUCAUUGGGCUGCAAGAAUGGGAGACAAGGACUCUGUGGAAAGGUUACUGAAUGAUAACCCGUCCCUUCUCACUGAGAAGAACAUCAAAGGCAACACUCCACUGCACUUGGCAGCCUCUUCUGGCCAUGUUGGUGUUGUAGAAUCUCUCAUCCGCCAUGCUAAAGGCUUAGACGUUGAAAGUGGAAGAGUAUAUGAGGUAAUUAGUAUGAGAAAUAUGAAAGACGACACGCCAUUGCAUGAAGCUGUUAGAGGUGGUCACGACUCGGUCAUCAGUCUACUUGUGAAAGAAGUAAAGGCAAAUCACUCUGAUUUGUUGGCUUCGAUCAACGAAGCUGGCGAGUCUCCAUUGUCUAUGGCUAUUGAUGUAAACCGAUCCCCUAUUGUGGAAGAAAUCCUUAAGGCAGGGCCCUCCUCUCUUCUGCACAGAGGUCCCAAUGGCCAGACACCUCUCCACAGGGCCAUUUUAAGGGAUGAUUUAGAUACAACAACCGUUAUACUCCAGGAAAGGCCGGAUCUGAUAUAUGAGAAAGACAGCUACGGGAGAAUUCCUCUUCACUAUGCUGCAGCCUACUGUGCCCUUGAGGUAGUCGAUCAGUUACUUGAAGUAGAUUUUUCUACCGCACAGUUCCAAGAUGGCCAUCUAUCGACCCCUGCUCACUUGGCCGCAGAAGGAGACAGAGUAGAAGUAUUGAAGAUUUUGUUCCACCACUGCCGGGAUUCAAUUGAGCUACUCAACAAACACCAGCAAAAUGUCCUUCAUGUAGCAGCUCAAAAUGGGUCAUUUGACGUGGUUGAAUGCUUUACGAGUUUGCGGGAGAAGGAUGACAUGAGCAAGAGUUUAAUGGAUGACCUGAUCGAUCAGCCGGAUAAGGAUGGAAACACACCUUUGCAUCUUGCUGUUAUGAACUUCCAUAGCAGAGUGGUAAGUGCUCUUAUUUUGACCCCACAAGUGGACAUCAGGGCUAUCAACAAGCAGCAAAAAACAGCACUCCACAUAGCUCAGGAAAACAUGCGAAAGAUGACAACUACAACAUCUCAUUUUGAUGUUUUUCAACUCAACGAAUAUAAUUUUGAAAAUUGGAGGAUCAAGAUGAAGACUUUGCUUGAUUCCAACGAUGCAUGGGAAAUCAUAGAGAAAGGCUACACUAUGCCCAAAGAUGAAAGUAAUCUCUCAGUAACUGAAAGGGAAUAUAAUGAUGCGAGAAAAAAAGAUAAGAAAGCUCUUACUCUCAUCUAUCAAGCUAUAGAUGAAAAAACUUUUGAGAAGAUAUCAUGUGCAAGUACUGCCAAAGAAGCAUGGGAGUUAUUGGAGCACUCUUACACAAUGGUUGACAAGUCUCUAUCACGUUCUACAAAUGAUGGUGAGGAUGAUGAGGAUAAACUAAAUGAAAAUGAGUUCAUUAUAGAUAUUUUGAAGGAGAUCUAUGCAAAGGGUGGAAACCGAAAGGCUAUCCUGUAUGGAAAGGAAAAUGGAUUUAAACAAAUCAAAGAUUCGCAGACGCGCAAAGAAUUGUCCAGCGCCCUUAUGUUAAUGGCAACCCUAAUUGCAACGGUCACAUUUGCUGCGGCAUUCACCAUUCCUGGGGGCUUCCAAGCUGAAGAUCCACAUAAAGGCAUGGUGGUGUUAGGUAGGAAUGUAGCUUUUAGAACCUUCAUCAUCACCGACACAAUAGCUACGACUUCAUCCAUGAUGGCUGCAGUGGUCCUACUCGUCAUGCCGUUCCGGGCUAAUAAGGAAAUUAGAGAGAGUUCGCUUGGAGCGUCCGUAAUCCCUGUUAUGGCUGGCACUUGUGACAAUGGGAAUAGCAUUCGUGACGGGUCUCUAUGCUGUUUUAUCAGAGCUGUUGCCUCUUGCUAUCGUGGUUUGUUGCAUUGGCUGUAUUUUCUCGUCGAAGGUCUACUCGUAUUUUGAAGCUAUCUUGGGCUUUUUUAUUUCUUUACGUGAGAGAAAGAAGCUGGGUGAACGGUUCUUGAAAACCACUUUAUUGUAAAACAAAAAUCUAUUUGAAAUCUAAAAUGUCUUUUACUUA